AUGGAAUCUCUCUUGAAAAACCUUAAAGAACACGUUACAUGCUCGAUUUGUUUGGAUACCUUCACUGAACCCAAGACAAUCGCCUGUCUCCACACAUUUUGCUGCGAAUGUUUGAAGAGACACGCUCUUACAACUCAGCGAGAAGGAAAGUUUCGCUGCCCCGAGUGCCAGGGGGAAGUUAGCGUUUCUGAACGUGGCUUCGAUCAACUACCGACCGGUUUUCUGCAGAAUAGUCUGUUAGGACUCCUAGCUGUACAACAAAGUAGCGAUGGAAGUGAGAUCAGUUGUGGCAACUGUAGAAAAAAGAGUGUUGAGACAAGUUUCUGUUUCGAUUGCGGAACGUUUAUGUGCCUUGACUGUGUGAACGCACAUGAACUACUUAGGAAUAUGGCUUUUGAUGGUCACAAAGUCAGACGAACCAAGCACUUUCAAGCUGAAGACUACGAAGCUUUAUUAAAACGUAAGUCGUUUUGCUCUCAGCAGUACCACGAACGAGAAUUGACGAGGUUUUUUUGCCUCGAAUGUCAAACUUGUGUUUGUCAGGUUUGCGUGGUCACGGAUCACAAGAAUCAUGAUAUGGAUCCACUUGAUAAAGCAGCUGAUCACGUGAAAGCUACAAUCACAACAGGAACCGAGCUGAUGAAUGAAAAGAGAAACAUUUGCAACAAUGUGGUUCGCGAAUUUGAACAUAUAAUUCUUGAUCUGGAAACUAACGUCUCUACCGCAAAAUGCAAAGUUUCCGAAGCAGCUGAGCAAAUCAUCGCGAAGAUUCGGGAACGCGAGAGAGAGGCUAUCAACGCUCUCGAGAACACACGCGUGUCUAGGACUGAGAAAUUAAGCUCUUUAAAGACACAAGUGCAGUCGCUGGCAAAGCAAAUCAAUCAGGCAAUCGAAUUUGCCGAGAAUCUGGUUCAAAGAAGCUCCAGCUCUGAUAUAUUGCAGAGCAAGAAGUCGUUGGAGCAGCGAUUUAUAGAUCUUAACGAGUCCCUGGUUCCAACACUUCCGGUUUCUGCAUUUGUGAGGUUCGUCUCCACUUUGGAACCAGAGAGUCUGACUCUAGGUUUCGUAGCAACCAGUGAACCAGAAGGACAGGAACAUAAUUUUCAAGCUGGUGUGGAAGCAGAAUUGAUCGGCCUUAACAUAGAACCAGCCGAAGAAGUUGGAAGUUUGACGACUCAGUUCUAA